AACCAGCUUUGCACAUCCCCGAACCGUUGUCGAUGACCUGCGAUACCGGUCAGACUUGUGGUCCCCAAUCGCACCGUAAGCGUACCAGCGCUGCAAUUUCGUCGUCCAUGUGUAAGGUGGUUGCGAGUGGGAGAGAUUUCAAUGAGAUGGAGUAUGGCCUUGAACCAGAGCUUUAUAGGCGCUCAUGGGCGCUGCGGAGUCGCAACUCUGACUCGUGGAACGACGGCCAUGGUAAGAUUGACAAUGGUCGCAGCAUACGACAUGCGGCGCAGCGAUCAGUGCGUUCCCGCAUCGAGCGACAGUGGAUUCUGAGACAAGACAGCAGACACGCGCAGUGGGCAGAUAUAUUGACAUUGACAAGGACUGAAUCGUGACUUGGCAUGGCGUAGGUGACGGAAAGACAAGAGCGCUGACCCGUCACGUGCACGCGCUGAUUGUAGGUUUCCCCCAUCUGAUCUCGCCUUUCUACCACCGCCUCGAUCGAUUAUGCCACACACGACCUCUAUCCCUAGUCUCUCAGAGGAUUUCUAUACUCCCUUCUUGUCUGAUGUCGCUAAGGCGCGGCUUCCCAGCCCCAUUCGAAGCUUGUUCCCGCUUGAAAAUCUACCAGGGAUGAUUUCCCUACUCGCGGGGAAGCCGAAUCCGUACUCCUUCCCGUUUACCUCGUUCAAAUUCGGCACGACCGCGCCUGGUGGCCAAGCUCGAGGAGGAGGAGAGGAGCUCGAACUCUCGGUUUCCGGGGAUGAUCUGACAUCCGCUUUGCAAUACGGACCUACCGCUGGUAUGCCUGCUCUUCUGCAGUGGCUGGCGGAGCUGCAGGAACAUGUACAUGGACGGUCUCUGGGAGAAGGAUGGCAGGUGAUUGUAGGGACUGGAUCCCAGGAUCUGCUGGCAAAGGCAAUCACUGCCCUGCUUAAUCCUGGAGACUCGGUUCUUGUGCAGUCCCCGAUCUACGCCGGUGUAAUUCCCUUGUUCCAUAGCUUGAACUGCGAGCAAAUUGAGAUUGAGGGAGACGCUGACGGCAUAUCAAGUAGCUCUCUCCGCUUGAUUCUCGAGUCUUGGCCCGCGGAGAAGCCCAAACCCCGUGUUCUCUACACUAUCCCGUAUGGAGGAAAUCCAACUGGGUCAACAGCUUCACUUGAACGUCGCAGAGAAGUCUUGCGACUAGCCAACGAGCACAAUUUUCUGAUCAUGGAAGACGAUCCAUACUACUUCUUGUUCUAUGGCAAAGAAAGAGCCCCGUCGUAUUUUGCCCUCGAACGCACUGAAUCGGAACUCGUAGGCCGCGUUCUGCGCUUUGAUUCAUUCUCCAAGAUUCUUUCGGCUGGAAUGCGUCUCGGCUUCCUCUCCGGGCCCACUCCCAUUUUGCGGGCGAUCGAGGCCCACACCGCUACUUCCAACUUACAGACGUCGUCGCUCGUCCAGGUCAUCUCAGCCAAACUGCUUUCGGCCUGGGGAGUCGACGGAUUCAUGCUGCACACUGCGGGGGUCUCCAAUUUCUAUCGCGAGAAACGGGAUAUCUUCCAGGCUGCGAUGGUCAAGCACCUCAGCGGGCUGGCUGAAUGGACUGCACCAGAGGCGGGGCUCUUCUUCUGGUUCAAGCUGAAUCUUGCAGGCUCCGGCGAUGAUUCUGCUGAGCUGAUCCGGACCAAGGCGGUGCAACACGGCGUUCUUGCGCUUCCAGGGACUGCGUUCCUCCCGAACGGCCGGAAAUCGGCGUACGUUCGCGCUGCGUUCAGCCUCCUAACCCCCGAGCAAGUAGACGAGGCUCUCAAAAGAUUGCGCGAGACCAUUCUCGAAGUUCGCCAGUAAUUUACUCGAUCAUGUACAUGAAGAUGUUAAGAGUGAUCUUUUAUCGAAGUUUUCA